CCGAGCCGAGCCGAGCCACCUAAGCCUUCUUUCCUCCACUUCGGUUCACGGUGAGUCUUCGGUAAGGAUUGUUUUGAUGAAUUCCCUAAUGUUACCUCGUCCGAUUCGAGUUUGAAUGUUGGAUUAAGAUAUGGCCCUACUUUUCUCCCUUGAAGGUAGUACAGAGUUGACGCUUAAGUUCUCGGGUUCCGCGACAGACCUGGUUGGAGAUAGCUUCCUUUCCUUGGGUGGAUCUGUUGAGCGUAGUUUUCAAUCGAGGGGCAUCACCGAGUUUCAGGUAGGGGUACAGCGAGGGGCAGACCGACGAGAGGCAGGAAGGAUGCGUGAAGGCCAUAUGGACGCGUCUGAUUUUCUUUCGCUUCCGCUAUGUAUUUUGUCAGAAUAUUUUGAUUGUGAUUUUUGGACUGGUGACUUGACAUUUUAUUUUGUGACUUUUUGAAUUAUUUAAAAUAGGGCCCGAAACUGUCUUUUGUAAGGUUUAUAAUGUUUUAAUGAAU